AAAUUGCCCCUGGUGGGAAUAGUCUGGGGGCAAGGGGAUUGCCCGAGGAUUCUCGAAUUUCUAUGCAAACAAAAUAAUGCAGACGUGAGGUGUUCUUGGCAAGUCAAGUACGACACAGUAUAUCUCAGCUAGAAAAAACAAAAAAUGGAGAAAGAAGAGCACGAAGGUGGCUAUGAUUAUUUUUUUGCAUCAAGUGUGCCAGUGGAUUUAACAUGUGUUGUUUGUCACUCUGCAAUGAGAGAUCCGGUUCAAAUUGUUAACUGUGGUCACAGAUUUUGUAACUUGUGUUAUGAAAAAAUAAAGCAACAUUCUCUUACAAGAUGUGUUGAUUUGUGUUGCCCACUUGAUCGAGAGGUGAUUGAUCCAACCAAGGUUUUUGCUGAUAAAGCUGCACAAAGAAACAUAUUUGACUUAAUUGUCAAAUGUUCUAACCAUCAACAAGGUUGCACAUGGAGCGAUGAACUAAGAAAUAUUGAGGCUCACAUGCGAAAUGAUUGUGAGUAUCAGAUGGUAGAAUGUGAACAUAGUGAUUGCAAGGCCAGUAUGGAAAGACGAUUACUUGCACAACAUAUUUUAGUAUGCCAUGAUCACAAGGAUGUGCAGAAUCCUUGGGCACUUCAAUUGCUUGAUAAAAAAAUUAUUACGAUUGAAAAAAAAACUUCAAGAGUCAACUCUUCAAAAAGAGAGAGAUAUCAAUAACUUAGAAAAGAAGUUCUUCGAAAAAUUUAGGAUUG